UGUUGUUGGUGUGUGGCUGGAAAUAUACUUUACACUUCAUUUAUAUACAUAAGCUAAUUAAUUGGUUUAUCUGGGGCAUCACAACCGCUUAGCAAGGAAGAGUCACUGCAGCAGCAUCCAAGAAGUUGCUGAGAAGGAAACCAACCCUCCGCGAGAUCUAAGGCAGCUAUGCGACGCAAUGUGCGCAACCAAAAUUACAACUGGGACGAUCCAGACCCCGACAAUGUGGAGGAUAUCUUCGCGAGGCCAGCCUACGACGAUGAUGAGUUUGUCAACCUGGUGCCGUUGGGACACAGACCGAACGGGCACGCGAGGCUGGCUCGCUACGAGAACACGCUGGAGGUAAAUGUGCAAGAAGGCGACACCUUACAGGCGUUGGCCCUCAGAUUUCAUUGUUCCGUGGCCGAUAUCAAACGCCUGAACAUGAUGGACCGCGACAAUGAGAUACACGCACAUCGCAUCAUACGCAUACCCGUUACAGUGCACAAUGUUCUCCUGGGAAAUGGAGUACAGGAUGCUCUGCCAGCCGUGCACAGAAGUGGAAACAACAGUCCAAGGCAUAACAUAGAGCGGGAGCCUGCCAUUGAACGCAACCCACUGGAGGACGCUCGCCAAAUGUUGGACGAAAGACUCCUUGUGGCAGCAGUAAAUGCAUCUGGCUCUGUGGACGACGAACAACCAUCAACGAGCAAAGCGGCAAGCAAAUACUACGAGGGAGCUCAUGGAUCUCCUAAUGAUGAAGCCAAUAUGGAGCGACCGCCGGACGACAGUGCACCUCUGCUGAACGACUUGCUGGUGGAUAGGCAUGCUCCGCUGGUGCGUCCCAUACCGGGUCCCUCUCUGCGCGCCAUCGAUUGGUCCGGCUCCGACUGCGACAUGUCUUGGAUCUGUUUGCUGAUAUUCAUACUCGCUCUGUGCGUCGUCAUACCGCUGGUAUACGUCGUCUAUUUGGCGGAGCAUCCACAUCACAACCACAGCUCGCAGUAGCGAGCCAGCACCGAAGUGAUCAUCAUUCCAAAUGUACCGGCAACAACUCGUCUGCUUCCUCUCACUCUUUGUAGCUCCAUCAAGCGCAUUUCAAAUGCAGCUGCUGGCCGUUGAAUUUAUUUGAUAUACAUAUAACAACCAUAGAACUUUAUAUGGACUCUUUUC